UUUGUCUCUGUUCCAUAAUUUGUAGUUGAACUAGUUUUUCGAGAUUCGUGGCUUUGUUUGGUUUCUUAUUUAUUUUUCUUCAAUUACUUGUUCUUUUUUAUCUUAAUGAAAUUCCUACCUGAAUUCAUGGGAGUUUUCAAAGCACAAGAAAUUGGGUCUGCGUUUGUUUAAUCUCGCUCUGCCUCCUUGAUUCUAAGUCCUUUUUUGUUGUAUAUAAUCAGUUUGUUUGCAAAAAGGGUCGUGGGUUUGUUCUUAGUAGACUAGCCUUCUUGGUUUGGAAGGUCAGCAGAGCAGGAAUAGUCAAGGUAAGUCAAACUUCGAAUUUUGUAGAAGGUGUACAAAAAAAAUACAUUAGCCACCAUAAAUGACUGGAACAAGAGCUUUUUGAUUGCUUAAAGCAAGUUUCUAUCUGUGGGAAUUCAAUAAACAUAGUUAGAAUGGGAAGUGGUUAUUAUUCAGCUCGGAAACCUAUUUCUUUUCAUGGACUGCUCAACGUAGAGGAAGAUGAAGAGCUAAAAAUGCGGCCAUUCUUGCCUGCUAUACCGCAACCACAAACACCGCACGAACCUAUGGAAUUCUUGUCCAGAUCAUGGAGUCUUUCUGCUUCAGAAAUUUCAAAGGCUCUUGCUCAAAAGCAGAAACAAUUUAUCCCUGAGAAGAAUCCUGAUACAGUCCCAGAAGCAGUUGUUUUACCACCAAUAUCAGGCAAGAUCACAAAAUCUGUUCCCACACGAAUGGCGGGAUCAAUCGUGAAAUGGUUCCACCAUAAGGAGUCUAGUAACAGCACAAUGAAGAAGAAAGACAGGGCAAGGGUAGAAAAUGCAAGAGUGCAUUCUGCUGUCUCCAUUGCUGGACUUGCUGCAGCCUUGGCUUCUGUAGCUGCAGCAGAAAACUCAAGUGGUUCAGGGUCAAAGAUGAAUAUGGCUUUGGCCUCAGCUACUGAACUCUUGGCAUCACAUUGCAUUGAAAUGGCUGAAGCAGCAGGAGCUGAUCAUGACCGUGUAGCCUCCGUUGUUAGAUCGGCGGUUGACAUCCAGAGUCACGGUGAUCUUAUGACUCUCACUGCUUCAGCUGCAACUGCAUUGCGAGGAGAAGCAGCUCUGAAAGCAAGAUUGCCAAAGGAAGCCAGAAAGAAUGCUUCUAUAAGUCCCUAUGAUAAGGGAAUGGCUGAAACUAAUCCAGCUGCUGCUUUUCUUAGUCAAAUGGAGGAGCAAGGAUCUCUCUGUGUGGGAGAGUUAUUGCAACUUACUAGGAAAGGAGCUUUACAAUGGAAGCGUGUCUCUAUCUACAUCAACAAGAAUUUUCAGGUCGUAGUUAAACUCAAAAGUAAACAUGUUGGAGCCUUCUCCAAGAACAACAAAUGUGUUGUUUAUGGAGUUUGUGAUGAGACCACUGCAUGGCCGUAUAAAAAAGAAAGGGAAAUUACAGAAGAUAUCUAUUUUGGGCUCAAAACUGCACAGGGUCUUCUAGAGUUCAAAUGCAAGAACAAGAUCCACAAGCAGAGAUGGGUUGAUGGGAUACAAAUCCUACUUCGUCGAGUCAGUUGCAUUGAAGCAACUGAGUGCUCUUUAGGGUUCUUAAGUAUUAGUAAUAGUAUAUGAUUUUUGUGCAUAUUUAGCCCGCAAAACUAGGACAGAAACAAAACCUAUGUAUGCCUGACUUCUGUUAAAAGUGAGAAUACAAAGAGAUUUAGAAGAGAUGCAAACUCUAAUAGCUGUUCUGUUUAAUCAGAGAAAGAUGGCCAAGUUUUACUCGA